UAAUGGAGAUGCCUUAGCUUUCAAAUAACUCCGCUGCCUGCUGGUGCUGGCUGGAGAUCUCUGUACUUCAGUCGGGGGGGACUAUUAAAGGACUCGCGAGAUCUGCUGCUCUCUUUCUUCUCUCUCGAUCGAUUUCGAGCUUCUCCUUAGUUUUUAGAGAGAGAGGGAGCUGUGAGCUGAGUUGGGCUGAGCUGAGAAUAGGAAAAUGGCGAGCGGCGGCGGAUAUGGGGAUGUCAAUCAGAAGAUAGAUUAUGUGUUCAAAGUGGUGUUGAUCGGGGACUCUGCGGUGGGGAAAUCUCAGAUUCUGGCGCGGUUUGCACGCAACGAGUUCAGCUUGGAUUCAAAGGCCACAAUCGGAGUCGAGUUUCAGACCAGGACGCUCGUUAUUCAGCACAAGAGUGUUAAAGCUCAGAUCUGGGAUACUGCGGGCCAGGAGAGAUACAGAGCAGUUACAAGUGCGUAUUACAGAGGAGCUCUCGGGGCAAUGCUUGUGUACGAUAUUACAAAACGGCAGACCUUCGAUCACAUACCGCGUUGGCUCGAGGAGUUGCGGAGCCAUGCGGACAAGAACAUUGUGAUCAUCUUAAUAGGAAACAAAAGUGAUCUUGAAGACCAGCGUGCAGUUCCCACCGAGGACGCCAAGGAAUUCGCCGAGAAAGAAGGAUUGUUUUUCUUGGAGACAUCGGCGUUGGAAUCGACCAACGUGGAGAGCGCCUUCAUGACUGUCCUAACUGAGAUCUUCAACAUCAUGAACAAAAAGAACUUAACAGCUGGUGAAAACCAAGGCAAUGGCAACUCUGCAUCGCUCGCGAGUGGUAAGAAGAUCGUUAUCCCGGGCCCAGCGCAAGAAAUCCCGGCCAAGAGCAAGAUGUGCUGUACUUCAACAUGAAUUGUUUGGAUGAACGCUGAAAUGGUGCAAUCUAGGUUGGUGCAUUCCUUGAUUAUAGCAAUUUUUUUUGACUGGUGUGAUGUUUUUUCUGAGGUCAUUUGUAUAUUUUAUGUAUAUGCUUUAGUCUGCUAGCGGCUGAAGUUUAUAUACACUUGAAUGGACGACGAAUGAGGUUGUCUUUAUUUAUGGGAAUGUGAGAAAACCUGAAGUUUAACACCGUGUGUACCAUACGAGUUUAUUACCUGUUAUCUUCAUCAAGCAGGUUCUUUAUUUCUUCUAAGAUUGGAUGAGCCAUGUCAAAUCCAUAUAACACUAGGGAGGUAUUUUUUUAGA